UGAAUGCUAGAAGAUACUAUGGCUAAAGUGAACUGAAGAACUAACAAAUCCAUCCGAACGUGUGGUUCACUUCAAUAAUCUGGCAGCGGCAGGGUAAAUAAGUGUUUUCCAUAGGUUGGAUUCCGUAAGGAAAUAUCUAAUAUGGGUCGGGUUCGUACGAAAACUGUGAAAAAAGCUUCACGUGUAAUAAUUGAAAAAUAUUACACUCGUCUUACUCUAGACUUCCACACAAAUAAAAGGAUAUGUGAGGAAAUAGCUAUUAUUCCAAGCAAAAAAUUAAGGAACAAAAUCGCAGGAUUUGUAACACAUUUAAUGAAAAGAAUCCAACGGGGCCCAGUCCGAGGCAUUUCCAUUAAGCUGCAGGAGGAGGAGAGAGAAAGGAGGGACAACUAUGUACCAGAAGUAUCUGCUAUUGACAUCGAUGUCAUUGAAGUGGACCCAGAUACAGAUGAGAUGUUGAAACAGAUGGAUGUUGGGAAAAUCCCCGGACUGCAAGUUGCUAUGCCAUUUUCUGGUGGACCUCGUGUAUAAAUUAAUAAAAAAUUUGUAAACAA